AUUUUCGCUUAGUAAUUCAUUCAAUAGUAUUUUCUAGUUAGAAUUAGAAGUGUUUAAAGUGUAUUCAUUGCAUGUAAAAUAUAUCGGCAUGCGAUGACGUCACAUCCGGUUUCGCCGCGUCUUGUGGGAAAACACCGGUUUGAAAUUAGCACGAGGGUGGGGGCUUUCCACGAGGCUCACCUGAGCACAAGCAGUUUUGCAGGCAUGAGAAAUCACAGUGAGAGCAACGCUUUUUCACCAUAUGUUAAUGUGAAGAGUGAACAGUAAAUGGUUAAUCUUACUGCGAUCUGGUUUGCAUUGGCUGUGGUUUAUCCGGACGUUAAAUUCGGCGUUUCGUUACACCCGAAGGAGAACGUUACAGUGAAAAAGCAGCAUUAUCAGGUGUUUCAAGUGCUGCAAUGUCAGCUCAAUCCAGCAUCAAGUCGAUGCCGCCCAGCGACAAGGGCAGUAAACCGACAUCAAGUAAGCCCACCCAGGCGUUAUCAGGUGUUCCAAGUGCUGCAAUGUCAGCUCGAUCCGGGAUCAAGUCGAUGGCGCCCAGCGACAAGGGCAGUAGAACGACAUCAAGUAAGUCCGCACAGGCAAGAGCCAAGGCAGAAGCCGCCAAGGUGCGACUGCAUUACGCCAAACAAGAAGCAGUUUUGAAAAUGAAACUGGCCACCAGAGAAGCCGAAAAGGCUGCCAGAGAAGCCGAAAGGGCCGCCAGAAAGGCAGAAGCCGCCAAGGUGCUACUGCGUUACGCCAGACAAGAAGCAGUUUUGAAAAUGAAACUGGCCACAAAAGAAGCCGAAAUCCAGAAAGAAAGGGCCGCCAGACAAAGAGAAGAGGCUGCCAGAGAAGCCGAAGAGGCUGCCAGAGAAGCCGAAAUCCAGAAAGAAAGGGCCGCCAGACAAAGAGAAGAGGCCGCCAGAGAAGCCGAAACCCAGUUGGAAAUGGCAAAAAUAUCGACAGAAUUGCAAGUGCUGCAGCGAGAAAGAGAAAAAGAAGCUGCCAUGGCGGAAGCAAAGUACAUAGAAGAAGCUGAAGGGUCGCGUGAUCUGACCGCAGUAAGAUCUACUUUAGAAAGGACCAGACUGGAACGCACAAGCGACUAUGUACAAUCUCAAAUAGACAGGCAGGCUCGUCUCCCCUCUCCAUACGUAUUCAAUAACUUCCCCAGCUACGAGGAACCUCAGAGAGUCACGAUUGCACCACAUCCAUAUGAGGAAGGAAAUUUACCCUCACGGCUCCGUGAUGAAGUCAAGAAUGAAAGAACCGUCAACGCUCCUUCACCCCCACAACAGGACGGCGGGGAGGGAGAGGUUCACUCCGGGACAACAAUUGUCAGCUCGAACUGGACAGAAGUUUGCGGUCAAACUCAGUCAAGCCGUUCUUGUUCCGAGAUCUGCCUCACUAAGGUGUACCCUAAAGGAGCCAAAGACAAGGCCAUCAAAGCCUAUGUGAUUCUGGACGAUCAGAGCAAUCGUUCACUAGUCAGUCCAGAGUUCUUUAAAUUGUUCAACAUUGAGAGUGAGCGGUUCCCAUACUACCUCAAAACUUGCUCAGGCAACAUGAAAACCCAAGGAAGGAAGGCAGAAGGCAUCCAGAUCGAGUCCCUGGAUGGUAAAGUCGUCAUCUGUCUCCCUCCGCUCUUAGAGUGCAAUGAAAUCAUGAAUAACCGCGCUGGGAUCCCGACACCAAGUGCGGUGCUACACCAGCCGCAUCUCCACCACAUCGCCAAACACAUCCCAGAACUGGAUCCGAAAGCGGAAAUACUCCUGCUAUUAGGAAGAGAUGUUAUCCAGGUACACAAGGUUAGGCAGCAGGUCAAUGGACCACUCGACGCCCCCUUCGCGCAACGUCUGGAUCUGGGCUGGGUGGUGAUAGGAGAGGUGUGUCUCGGUGACGUACACAAACCGAUGGUUAACACACUCAAGACCAAUGUGCUAGAGAGUGGCCGCCAUUCAAUCUUUCAACCCUGCCCGAGUGUCCCGUGCAUCAAAGAAGCACAACAAGACAUUACCAAGCGUAAAGUAACCGACGAGACGCUAGGUCAGUCAGUUUUCGUUCAAACCGAGCACAGAAACAAACUUGCACAAUCAGCUCAAGAUACCAUUUCUUUAAAACCCAAAGACACUAAGGUCUUCAGAGAUGAAGCAAAUAAUGGGGUUGCCCCAUUGCCUAUCAGAGAACCAUGCCAGCGCUCACCAGAUAACAAAGAGCAGGCAGUCAAACAGUUCACGUCCUUACGGAAAACCUGGAAAAGGAAACCUGAGAUGCAGCAACACACCCUAUUGGCUCACGAGGUACUGUGCACCCUAAUGGCAGAGGUCACAGCCAUUAUAAAUGCACAAUCAUUCCUACCUGUGUCUUCUGACCCAGAAAACCCCUUUAUACUUUCGCCAUCAACGCUCCUUACGCAGAAGGCAGGAGCACCUCCUCCACCAGGAGACUUUUCAGACAAGGAUUUGUACACAAAGCAAUGGAGACAAGUCCAGGCUCUGGCAAAUCAGUUCUGGCCUCGCUGGAGACAAAAAUAUCUACCUUUGUUGCAACUGAGACGAAAGUGGACAGAACCCCGCAGGAAUCUUCAAGUUGGAGACUUAGUCCUGCUCAGGGACAAGCAGAUCACCCGCAACAGCUGGCCAAUGGCCAGAAUCACUGCUACAUUCCCUAGCGAGGAUGGACAUGUCAGGAAGAUCGAAUUGAAGACUACCGACCAAGGCGAUGUGAAAAUUUACCAAAGGCCAGUUACAGAAGUUAUUCUACUUCUACCCAAUGACUGAUUAAGAGACUAAGUUUUGUACUCUGCUCAUUGUGACCUUACGAAGGUCAAGCGGGGAGUGUGCUGUCAUUACGACAGUUAUUUAGUUUAUAAUAUUUUCGCUUAGUAAUUCAUUCAAUAGUAUUUUCUAGUUAGAAUUAGAAGUGUUUAAAGUGUAUUCAUUGCAUGUAAAAUAUAUCGGCAUGCGAUGACGUCACAUCCGGUUUCGCCGCGUCUUGUGGGAAAACACCGGUUUGAAAUUAGCACGAGGGUGGGGGCUUUCCACGAGGCUCACCUGAGCACAAGCAGUUUUGCAGGCAUGAGAAAUCACAGUGAGAGCAACGCUGUAAGUUAAUAGAUAAUCGAUAUAUUUAACUAAGAUGUUAAUGCUGAUCCUGUUAGAGGUAACGACGGUAGAUAAUGUUUAUGCUUUCGUUAGUUAAAGAGUCGCGGAUAGUUUGCAUGGAAGUGUAUUUAAAGUAGUCAAUGGAGCAGGUAAACUCUCCCUGUAUACUGCACCUUAGUGUAAUGUAGUUAUAGUCACCUUUACAAGUAUUUACACUUGAAAUGUGAUAUUAAGGAAGGAACAAAUACUGUAUCGAUCUUGUAUUGUUUUAUCAACAGUUUUCACCAUAUGUUAAUGUGAAGAGUGAACAGUAAAUGGUUAAUCUUACUGCGAUCUGGUUUGCAUUGGCUGUGGUUUAUCCGGACGUUAAAUUCGGCGUUUCGUU